AUGCCCUCCGACGAGCCCGCCGCGGCCGUGCGAGGCAUCGUCUUUCGUCCGCAGCGCUACACGUUGGAGGCGCUGCACCAGGACGAGCCGCGGCCACCGCAGCGGCACGAGGACGGCCGGCUGACCUACGCCUUUCGCGGCGGCGAGUCGCUGGUGCUUCGCCGACUGCUGGAGGACCACGGCUACCUCCCGUCGCCGACGGCCGACGCGGACCUCGUCUGGUCGAGCGGCCACGUCGGUCCCGAGACGCUGCUCUCGCUGCCCCGGCACGCAAAGGUGAACCACUUCCCUCGGUCGGGAGUGAUCACGCGGAAGGACCUGCUCGUCCGGACGAUCGCGAUGCUGCGCGCGCGGUGCGGACGCGCCGCGUACGAGUACCUGCCCCUCUCUUUUGUGCUCCCCGCCGACGCUGCCGCUUGCACAGCCGCGAUGGGCCGCGACGGCGGCGCGACUUGGAUUGCAAAGCCGAUCGCGUCGAGCCAGGGCCGCGGCAUCUCGCUGCUGGGCAGCUCGGCCAAGCUGCCGGUGGGGGAGGACUGCGUGGUCUCUCGCUACGUGGCGCGGCCCCUCCUGAUCGACGGGUACAAGUUCGACCUCCGCCUGUACGUCGCCGUCUCGUCCUUCGAGCCGCUGCGCGCGUAUGUCUUCGAGGAGGGCCUCUGCCGCUUCUCGACGGCGCGCUACUCCGACCCAGCGGACGGGGGCUCGGCGGCGGACGCGGACGUGUUUGCCCACCUCACAAACUACUCCAUCAACAAGCGGUCCUCCCACUUCGUGCCGAACGCCGACGCGGCCGACGACGGCUUCGGCUCAAAGUGGUCCCUCUCGGCGCUCAAGCGCUGCCUCGCGCGCAACGGCGUCGACGUGGCCGCGCUGUGGCGUCGGGUGGACGACUUGCUGCUGCGCACGCUGAUCGCGGCCGAGCCGUCGGUGGCGGCGGCGGGGCGGCAGGUCGGCACCGCUGGCGGGCGCGCGUCGUGCUUUGAGCUCCUCGGCUUCGACGUCCUCAUUGACGAGGGUCUCAAGCCCUGGCUGCUCGAGGUGAACUUGUCGCCGUCGCUCGGCGCCGACACGCCGCUAGACCUCAAGGCAAGGCGCGCCGGCGGCUUCCGGCGCCUCUUCCCGCUCGCCGGCGGCGGCGAGUAUUUGCUGCUCUUCGCGCAGCACCGGCCUCUCAACGCCGCGCUCGUGCGAGAGCUCGACGCGAGGUGUGCGCGGGCGGCGCAGGCGGAGGACGAGGCGGAGGAGGAAGCCGCCGACGCCGAGGACGCCGCCGGUGGGGCGCAGGGGCGGGGCGGCACGGCGGGGGCGGGGCCGAGAGGGGCGGGGCCGGGCGGGGUGGAGGUGGCGAAGGAGAGCCGCCGCCACCUUGCGCCCCGCGACCGCUGCGAGAGCAUCGUCGUGGGGCAGAGAACGACGGGCGAGGCGCGAGAGGCCGCCGUCGUGAGCCUGUCAGCCGAGUGA